AACUCGUCGGUGCAGCACAACGUGUCUUAUGGCGUGAUCGUGAGCAACCAGUCGCAGGCGGUGCAGCGCGUGAGGCGCUCCCAGGCGGGCAGCUACGCCUGCGCCGCCGCCAACACCGAGGGCGACGCCCGCAGCCAACACCUCAACCUCGUCGUCCAAUUCCGCCCGACCUGCGCUGGAGACCAGACGCGCGUGUACGGCGCGGCUCGUGAGGAGACCAUCACGGUGUCGUGUCGUCUGGAGGCUUCGCCGCCCGUUGUGGCCUUCAGCUGGCGAUUCAAUAGCAGCGGCGACGUCGUCGAUCUCAAAGACGAAUAA